AAUUCGUGCGCUGUGAUGUGAUAAUCAAUUGUAAAGAAUUAUGAAUUGUCAUCAGAUAUUGAGCGGUGCCUGCAAUGCAGGUGACCGGUGCUUCGCCAUUGGCUCCGUGGAAGGCAUACCAUUUACAGCCUACGCCGCCGGCUGCAAUGUAGUCAUCCUCGCAAGCACCUUCGAGCGUGUCCAGAUCAUACCGGGCGCCAGUCAUGGCUAUGUGAAGAUAUCCGCCCUCGACUGCAGCACCGAUACCGGCAAAAUAGCGGCUGCCUACGAGAAUAAGAUAUGCAUUUUUGAGCCCACGCCGGUGAUUGAGUCCAGCAAGCAUAAUACCCAUUUCCUAGACUACAGAUGGGUGCAAACGGGCUCCUUUACCAGCCACUCGAGUGUGGUGACCCUCUCGUGGAAUCUGGAGGGCACACGCCUACUCACCGGCGGCACCAACAUACAGCUCUGGAAGAGCAAAUCGCCCACACACCAGCAGGAGGAGGAGCAUACGGGUGUAAAAUUCGAGAUUGGCGAGAGCAAAGAGGUGAAGCAAUCGAACCAGGCCGAGGAUGUGUCCACGUGGGAGAACAUCUGGUCCUGCCAGACGGCCAUACCCAUUUACCAUAUGGCAUUUAGUCCCGAUGGUACACUGUUCGCCACCUGCGGCCGCAACGAUCGUCUGGUGAAGAUCUGGUACGAGAACAAGCAGGUGCUCUUCCCCGCCAAAGGCACCACCCGGCACACGGAUGACCUGAGCAGCAACGCCAGCGGAGGAGGAGCGGGCGCAGGAGGAGGAUCGGGUGGCGUGAGCGCCGCCAUUGGAGAACUUAACUUCACGUACGUGUACAUUGCCCAUCCGCGGGCCGUCUCGAACAUUGUGUGGCGCAAGACGAGCAAGUACAUGCCCAAGGGAUCGGUGGCCAACAUGCUGGUGACCUCCUGCCUGGACAACAUCUGCCGCAUCUGGAUCGAGACGGUGCUCCCCGACGACGGGCUGGUCAAUAUGACCCAGUUCGAUCCGCAGAAUUCGCAGAAUCCCAAGUUCCGGACGCACCGGCACAAGCAUCGGUUUAUGCAGCGACUGAAGCACAUGAAGACCUGCUUUCACAUACGGCGCCACAUGAAGGCGGGGGCACACGCCGCCCCGGGAGGGCCUGGUGGCAUCCUGCCGCCGGCCCACAUGGGCGCUGGAGCAAUGGGCGGGGCCAUGGGCUCGUCGCCGGCUAGCUUCAGCAAUUAUCUGGGGCCCAUACCGUCGCUGCCGUCGUCGUGCAGCGUUCACGACUUCCACUCGUAUGGCUUUCAUGGCUCGGGCGUUACGCCCGGCAUGCACUUCCAUCUGGCGGCCUCCAUCAACGCAGAGACGGACAUACCGCUGGUGCCAUCGAUGCAGACAUCGGACCCGGCCAACCAGAACGUCUUCAUCCUGCACUGGCUGAACAACAAGGAGAUGCAUUUCACACUCCAGGCAGAGGCAAUACUCCAGGAGCUGACCAAGAAGGUGAUCGACGAGGAGAAUGGCCAUCACGGCCAUUACGGACAUGGCCAUCAUCACGGUCACUCUGGAGGCGGCGGAGUGGACCUGCCGGACGAUGCACCCGGCGGCACGCACGGCACGCAUGCGCACAAGAAGUAUCUGCGCUCCUCCAAGUCCGUGUCGGUGGACGACAGCGGCGAGGAGUACAGCAAGUAUUCGCAGCAUACGGCCGGGACUGGAGCGGGUCUCCAUCUGAACUCCAUGUCCAACACAACGUCCCAGAACUCGCUGAACAACGAGCAGCAUCAGCACCAGCAGCAUCCGAUCACACAGCUGGUGGAUUCGCUGGACAACAAGAUCGAGUGCCUGCUGAGGGACUGGCACCAGAGUCCCGAUCUGCUGUUUGCCAUCCAUCCCGUGGAUGGGAGCUACCUGAUCUGGGUGAUCGAGUGGCUGGAUGACUACUAUCCGGGGUCGUUUCGGCAGGCGCAGGUGUCCUUCUCGACGCGCAUUCCGUCGGCCUUUCCGCUGGGCGAUGCCAUGUCCAUGUCCACCACGGUGAGCCUGUUCAACACGGGCAGCCAUCCGCUGGCCUUUAGGGACAUCGCCAACAAUGUGAGGAGCAAGGACGAAUUCCACAAGAACGGCCAGGCGGAUGAUUCGUCGCUGAAGAGCGACCAGCAUGCGUUCGAGAAGCACGAGGAGGAGCAGGAGGACAACAACGAGGAUGGGGAACAGGAUCAGGAGACGGACGACAGUGCAGCGGCCAGCGGAGGCGUUGCCAGCAGCUCCCAGGACUCGGCGGGAGCCAGUGGCAACGGGGUGACCAGUGGCCUGCCCCUGAACGUCUCCCCUUCCGUUUCGAUGGUCACGAAGCACUCGAACGGCACCCUGAACCUUUGGCAGCUGACGUUCGCCUUCAAAACGAAAUUCACCCAAGUAUUAAGCAUCGGCCAUGUGAGCCGUGCCUCCGGGCACCGUUUCCGGGUCAAUGACAUCACCUGUCACCCGGUGCUGCCGUUGCUCGUCUCCACAUCGCAUCACAAUCUGCCCGACUCGGAGGCCAAGUCCCCGAUGUCGCCGUUUGAGCAGCCCCUGAGUGGGGGAGGUGGCGGUGGCUUCACCAUGGGAUCCGGUACAGGCGGCGUUGCCAGUCCAGGAGGAUCUGCUGGUGCCGCAUCGAAUGGGAACGGGAACGGCAACGGCAACGACAAGGAUGUCUUUACACCCACUGGCUUCUGUUCGGAGUUGAUACUGUGGCGCGUGGACUCGGUGGGUCCACUGUGCCAUUCGGGCGGCGUCAGCGAGCUGGCGCGCAUCAACUCCCCCGAGAUAUCGGCCUUCAGCAAUGUGGCCUGGAUACCCACGCUCCUGCCGAGCACCACCCUCGGUAGCUACAGCAAUUCCCCCAGCGCCUGCUUUGUGGCCAGCGAUGGGGAGAAUCUGCGCGUGUAUCAGGCGGUGAUUGAUGCCCGGACCCUGCUGGCGGAGAUCUCCUGUUCGGAGAACCUCAACACGCUGCACAAGUCGCACUCGCUCUCGUCGAUGAUCUCAAAUGCCUCCUCCACAAUGAAGGCCCAACGAUCGGCGCUGCACGACAAGCUGAAGGUCGUCUCCCAGCAGUCGACGGCGCGUCCGGGGUGCAUCCUCCAGCUGGACGCCAUCUCGGAUGCCAAACACGACUGGCAGAACACACAGUUUCUGCAUGUGUUUCAGGCCCAGCUGAUAACCGGGGGCCAGCGCACCACCGCGUCAGUGGACGCCCAGGAUGUGGACGAGCCGCGCUACAAUCCCUUCCUCGAGUCGGAUAUGGACGCCAUUGUGGAUCUGCAGCGCAAUGUCGACUUCGAAGAGCCCUUCUACAUUGUAAACAUCGAGAAGACGCUGCGGGGCAGCACCAUACACAUGUGGCGGAUCGUCAUCAGCUCCAAGCAGCAGAACUCCUUCCUCUCCGAGACGGCCAUGUAUGUGCCCGACAGCAACCUCACCCAGGAAGAGCCCGAGGACAAUCCCAAUCCGAAUGCGAACCCGAAUCCCCGACGGAUGUCCCAGGGGGCAGAGACCCUCACGGGUGCCGAGCACUUUGGCUCGCAUGUGGAGGCGCCGCACAUCUCAAUAACCACGAAAAAGGUGUGCACUCAGGAGCUGCCGCUACCCGAGGGCGUGGAUGUGAUACAUGCCUCCCCGGCAGCGGGCCACUUGAGCAGCUCCAGCAUUUAUCCGGCCUGCUUUGCCCCCUACAUCAUUGUGACGGCCUGCUCGGACUCGGUGUCGCGUUUUUGGAAGUGCGAACCCAUCGAGAAUCCCUCCGCAGAGGAAACUGGCAAUGGGAAUGGGAAUGGCGAUGCCUAUCACUGGUCCGAGUGGAAAAUGUUUAGCCGCAUCCAGCAGUCGGCGAUUGAGAUACCGGGCCAGCCGCUGAACAUCAGUGCCGCCUACAGCGGGCGCAUUGCGUGCGCCUACAAGUACGGCAAGAGCUUCACGCGACCCAACAAGGGGGACCCCGAUUCGCGGUACGUGAACCUCUGCGUGGCCAUCUACGAGUGCGAGAGCUCGGGCGGCAGCGAAUGGGUGCUGGAGGACACCAUACACCUGAAGAACGUCCACCUGCCGAGGAUCAACAUUGGCCACGGCAUCGACUUGAGCUACCUGCACGACAGCCGACUGCUGGCCAAGAAGCAGCGCCUCAACCAGGUGCUGCACACGUUCCAGGCCCACGACGACAGUCGAUCGCCGAGGAGUGGCGAGACCACACCAGAGCUGGCCGUCAGCGUGAAUCGCCAGCCCUCGGUGGCCGCCUCGGGGCUCCUGACCGUGCCCAGCUUCAGUACGCUGCAAUCGUUGAGGAAGAGCAUCGCCGAGAACGGCAACACCUGUCCGCUCACACAGAAGCAUCUGGUGCAGCUCGAUUGGGUGUCCAAGGAGGAUGGCUCGCACAUCCUGACAGUGGCCGUCGGCAGCAAGAUCCUGCUGUACACGCCCGUCAGCUCGGACAUUGCUCAGGCGAACAUCAAGGCCAUGAAGGAGUCGCGCUCCGUGAACCGCCCCAUCCUGCGGAAGGCCUCCUCUCUGGCACAGCCCAAUUUCGUGGAUGAGAUCCGAUGGAUGAAGCUGCGACAGAUCGAUCUACAAACGGCGGAUGGACUGCCGCCGCUGCCCAUGCAGAUAUCGUGGGUGCGCGACGGCAUUCUGGUGGUGGCCAUGGACUCGGAAAUGCAUGUGUACUCGCAGUGGAAGCCGCACUACACCUCCCACAUGGUGGGUGGUGCGAACGGCGGCAGCGAGGACGUGCCCGACACGCGCAACCUGCGCGACGAGGACCUGCGAAGUCUGGCCAACGAAUCGACGCAGCUGAGGCUCAAGAACGUGGCCUCCAUGCCGCUGAUCAGCAAAGUGAGCACCGCCAAUCUGCAGCUGCUGUCGCACGACAAGAAGCGGCGUCUGGGUAACACCAGCAUGGCCAAUAUGAACGGAGGCGGCGCCGUGGCCACAACCGUGGGCAGUGCCCCCAACGAUCGGGACAGUGGCAGCGAUGACUACCUGACGGACUUUGGCCUGUUCCAGGCCUCGCGGAUCGCCUGCCCGGUGCUGCCGCAGUACCAUCCCAAGCAGCUGAUGGAGCUCCUGAACUGCGGCAAGAUACGCUGGGUCAAGGCCAUACUGGCCCAUUUGGUGCGCUGCAUGAGCGGCGGCUCGAGUGGCGACCAGCACGGCGCCACCCAGGACGAGGACGGGUAUGCCCGACAGCGCAGCUGGUCCCGCUCUCGCACCCUCAGCAUCAGCUACAAUGCGGCGGACAACAACAACAUUCAGGCGGAGCAUCGGGGCAGCACCACCCAGAUCCCCGAGGAACUGAUGCUCGACUAUGCGGAGAUCAACUCGAUUCCGCCGCUGCCCUUGUGGGUGCUGCUGAACGCGGACAGGGAGACGCCCGGCGGCCAGGGGGGCGCCAGCAACGCGGAGAACGACAAGGACUACGAUGAGCUCUUCGACAUGCACAACUCGGAGGACAAUCUCGACGAGCUGCUGUCGGAGGGGGAGCAGGGCAAGCGGCACGAGCGACGGCUCUCGCUGCCCGAGAAGCAGUCCAUCUCGCACUUUGGGCCGCGCCAGGGGCAGCUUCUGUCGCGCCUGCUCACGCACACACAUCUGCCGGGGCUCUCGUCGCUGGACCAGAUGCAUCUGCUGGCCCUCGCCGAUACGGUGGCCACCUGCAACACGGACUUCUCGGACAAGUUUGCCGCCGACAUGGGCAAGAACACCGCAAACGUGCCCAAGGAGGGCGCCACAGCCACGGAAUCGCUAGACGAUUGCGGUCUGCGUUUCCUUUUGGCCAUGAAACACUUUACGUAUCUGCUGCGCUGCCUGCCGCUGCAGCAGCGGGCCCAGUUCCAGCGCCAGGGCGUGGGCACCUCGAACAUUGUGUGGGCCUACCACUCGGAGAGCGAGGAGGAGCUGCUCAACCUGAUACCCAGCUACACGAAGGGCGACCUGCGCUGGGCCACGCUGCGGGACCUGGGCAUGGGCUAUUGGCUGAAGAACAUCAACACUCUGCGGCGUUGCGUGGAGCGGCUGGCCAAGUGCGCCUACCAGCAGAAGCAGGACCCCCUGGAUGCGGCCAUCUACUACCUGGCCAUGAAGAAGAAGUCCCUGGUGUGGGGCCUCUUCCGGUCGAUGCGGGACGAGAAGAUGACCGCCUUCUUUGGCAACAAUUUCGCCGAGGAUCGCUGGCGCAAGGCCGCCCUGAAGAAUGCCUUUGUGCUGCUGGGGAAGCAGCGGUUCGAGCAUGCGGUGGCCUUCUUCCUGCUGGCCAACUCCCUCAACGACGCCAUCGAGGUGUGCAUGAACAAGCUGGAGGACUUUCAGCUGGCGCUCAUCAUCGCCCGACUGUACGAGGGCGAUGCCGAGGGCUGUUACUACCACAAGCUGCUGCACGAGCACAUCCUGGGCACCGACCCGGAGACGGGACGUUGCGACAUACCGCGCGCCCAUCCGGACCCGUUCCUGCGCUCGAUGACCUACUGGACCCUGAAGAAGUACCAGGAGAGCCUCAACACCCUGCUCUUGACGGGCGGCGUGGGAAGUCUGCACAGCAGCUACCGGGAGGAGGAUCUCCUCCGGCCCGAGCCGCAGGCCACCAACCCGAAUGUCUUCAACUUCUACAUCUAUCUGCGCACGCAUCCGCUGCUGAUACGGCAGAACAUUGCGCUGUCCGCGCAGGAGAAACGCAUCGCCCAUGUCGUGCUGUCGGGCUUCAACUACGAGACAGCCGGCGCGGGAGCGGGCUCGGGCGGAGCCGCCUGCGACAAACAGCUGCAGCUGGAGGACUCCAUCACGCCCAUUGAACGGCAACUGUACUUCACCACCGCCCACGGGCAUUUCAAGAGCGGCUGCCCGGCCCUGGCCCUCGAGGUGCUCAACAAACUGCCGCUGAAGAUCAGCGAGGAUCCAUCCUCAUCGGGCAGCAGCAUGGCCGGCAGCCAGGCGGCGGCUACGAGCCAGCAGAUCAACAAAGAGGAGCUCAUCAAUUCGGGGAUCAUGGAUCAGUGGGGAGCGGCCACAGCCACAGCCACGGCGGAUGCCUUCGAUUGGGGUGCACCUGCGGCAGGAAACGAAGCAGAGGCCAAGUUCGAGAUCAAAUGGGAUGACGACGAUGCCGAUCCCAUAGAUGAUGACGAUCCCGAGAUGGCCACACCACAGCCCCCCAUGGGAGCGGAAGAUGCUGUUGCUGCUGCUGCUGCUGCUGUGGGACGAUCCACGGGCGAUGGCCACAAAAUGGACAUCAUGGCGCAGCAGCUAAAGUUCGUGGCCUGCCUGAAGAUCCUCAUGGAGGAGCUCUCGACCCUGGCCACCGGCUUCGAGGUGGAUGGCGGCCAGCUGCGCUACCAGCUGUACAUGUGGCUGGAGCGGGAGGUGGAGGCCCUCAAGCAGCUGUGCAACUACUGCAGCUCCGAGCAGCAGCAGGCGAGCGACGGCAGUGGCGGCGAUGCGGAUGCCAAGGAUGACAAGGAAAUGAAUGCCAGCAUCUGUCCGAGCACGGAGCGGCCCACGCUCCACGAAAUCCUCAUGCAGGACAAGCAGGACUUCGAGGCCAAGGUCCUGCGGGCGGCCAAGCGCAAGCGCUGGCUCAAGGCCAACGAGACGCUGCUGCGUACCCUUCUCAGCUACUGCUCGCUCCACGGAGCCAGCGGCGGGGGCCUCGCCUCUGUGCGGAUGGAGCUGGUGCUGCUGCUGCAGGAGCUGCAGCAGGAGAAGACCCAACAGCAGCUGCUCAGUCCGCUGCCAUUCCCCACCACCCUGCCGCUGCUGAGCGCCUGCGUGGCAGGCAACAAGACGGUGAUUGCCGAUCCCAUUAAAUACCUGCAGUCGCAGACGGUGGACAUGCUGCAGACCAUCAUCAAGGUGGUGCCGUUCCCCGGCAUCGAGACGAGCGCCCUCAGCGAGAUCUUCGUGCUGCGCGACCUCGCGGUGGCCCUCUCCUCGUGCAUCUACCAGUCGCUCUGCGACUCGGAGAGCUUUGUGGUCAACAAUUCGGCCUUCAACGGCUACCCCAGUCCAGGCAUGGAGAACAUUGCGAAGAUCAACUCCUCGUUCGAGUGCUCGUAUCUGGUGGGCAGCCGGAAUGCGUACGGACGGAGGCGCAAGUACUCGACGGACGAGCCGGCGGGCAUCUGUACGACGCCCUCCAAGUGGCCGGGUGUCACCAAUCUCCGGGCGUUGCUUGCCCGCGAGAAGGAUGAGGAUGUGCCCAAGCUGAAUGUCCUGCUGCUGGAGUCCUUUGUCUCCACAUACAUGGCGCUGUUCAUCUACUCGCUGUGCACCUGCGACAGUCGGCUGCUGUACCGUUUGAGCGGCCAGAGCUUCAACAAUGACACCUGGUCGACGCUCUUUGGCGGCGGCAUGAAGAAGCUGCUGAUCAAGCCGGCCUCGGGUCAGGCCCAGAGCCUGCCAGCGGCAGCGGCAGCGGCAGCAGGAGCAGCCGGCCCCACUUCGGAUGAUCCGACAGCCGAUGAGAACAGCGUGUGGAACACCGUGACCUCCAUCACGAAGCAGCGCAUGAAGCUGAACAUGAAGAUCCUGGGGAGCUUUAGCCAGAGCAGCACCUCGAACAACAUGAAGGAGGACAAGCCCACAUACCGGGAGCAGUUCAUGCCACCAGAGACAUCGAUGCUCUCCUAUUUCCUGUCCAAACCGCCGCCAGGUACAACGGAGUGCGAUGAUUACGACACAGAUGACUCGCACGAGUCGGAGAACGAGGAGGAAGAGGAGGACGACGACGAUGUGAAUGUGAGUCGGACCCAACUGAAAGCCAAAGACAAUACGGAGCACACCAAUCCCACAUCGUACUCGUGGAGCAUACUCCGUUUGGCCCUCAUCAAGAUCACCACCCACAAGAUCCAGGAACUGGUGAAGGUGGCAGGAAUCGAGCUGCAGGAUCUGCCCGUGAUCAGUCCCCUGUCGCACGAGGUGCUGCGCACUCUCAAUCGCUGGCAGGAGUUCGCCUUGAGCGACCUGAUCGCCCGGGGACCCCCAACACGGCAGUAUAUACCUGGCUGUUAUGCGGAGAGCGGCAUCAAUGGGCUGGCCAUCCACAAGUAUCGAUCGCUGCUGAACAAGGACAACACACCGUUUGUGUCCGGUUCCUCGGCGGGACCCAUACGGCGACUGUGGAAUUUCCUGGUGCGCCAGGAGCCCGCCCAGGAGGUUUUCAUCAAGAGCAUCUUUGGCAAGAACAUGGAGGGGCAUCAUCAUCAUGGCCACACGCGCGGCUCCCAGCCCGACAACGAGACGGAUGAAGGUCAAUCGCAUUCAACCAGCGAGAAUACCGACCACAUACGCAUCAUACACAAGGAUCACGAAUCGAUAUUGUCCUUCUGCUUGAAGAACAAUAGCUCCUCUAUGAUCGCGUUCUCCAAUCCGCGCGAGAUCCAGGAGUUCGACAUCUCCCUGCUGCUGGAGUCGCCCAAUUGGUACGAGGAUGAGUGCGACUACGAUAUGAUGAAUCUGUCCAAGGAUGCGGACACCAAUAGUUCCGCCUUCCUCAUCAUUCAAUCGCAAGAGCAGAAUCAAUUUGGAAGCAACAGUAAUCCAAAUGAAAGCAAUAGCAGUACACAAAGCGCCUCGCAGUCGGGACGUGGCACGUCCAUGGUGCAGCGCCACAAGGUGGACAAUGUUAAGCGUAUGAGUGCUCAUCCAUUGAUGCCCCUCUAUCUGACCGGCGGACAGGAUGGUUCAGUGCAGAUCUGGGAGUGGGGCCACCAGCAGCCCGUUUGCUCGCCACGUACCUCUGGCACCUUUGCGAAAGUGACCCGCUGUCGCUUCUCCGAGCAGGGCAAUAAGUUCGGCAUCGGCGAUGGUGAUGGCAACCUGAGCCUCUGGCAGGCGGGCAUCGCCUCACAGAAUAAUCGUUCGUUUAUUAGCUAUCAGUGCCACAAUAAGACGCUUUCCGAUUUUGUAUUCCUUGGCUCUUGCAGUCUACUGGCCAGCGCUGGUCAAAGUUCCGAGAACAAAAACAUUAACAUUUGGGACACUUUGCUGCCCCACAAAAAGUCGUGUGUGUCAGCAUUCACCUGUCACGAUCAGGGCUCGUCCUGUCUGGUGUUUGCGCCACAGCAUCAAGUGCUCAUCUCGUGCGGCAAACGCGGCGAUGUAUGCGUCUUCGAUGUGAGACAGCGCACGCUGCGACAUCGUUAUCAGGCGCACGAUAGCACCAUCAAGUGCAUUGCUUUGGAUCCCCAUGAGGAGUUCUUUGUCACUGGCUCCAUUGAGGGUGACAUUAAGAUAUGGGACAUGAAUCAGUUCAUGCUGAUCAAUACGUUCCCCCAUGAGCAUGCCAAGAAUGGUUUCUUCAAGCAUACCGGCCAGGGUGUCAGCCAGGUGACUGUCGAUCCCUUUGGGCGACUGUUCUCGUGUGGGUCCGAUGGUUGCAUGAAGGUCCGCCUGCUGGUCGAGAAGGAUAAUAUUGUGCACUCUGUGUAUUGAAAACAACUACAAACAAACAAAACUACAUAUAUGUAUUCUAUGCGUGUUCUAUAUGUAUUUGUGUAUAUCUCGUGUACAUUUCUACUGCGCUCCUACGCUCCUAUUUGUGUGUGACUUUUGUCCGUAUCCAGCAUCUAGUAUCCAGUAUCCGUUCCCGUUCCCGUUUCCGUGCUCUCGCGUCUCUUGUUAGUCACCUGUUAGUGUGUGCGCGCCUCCUGAUGAGUGUCCUAUUUGUUGUAUUCUUUGUUAAAACGUUGAUUAUAUGCUAAAACUAUGAUUGUAUUUGAA